AUGAUGACCAACUCCCCCAAAUCCACCUACUUUUCCUUCCCUUCCUACGAGAGUCACUUCAUCAGUGAAGUGGAAGAGGCACCCACUCCAGCCACCGCAGCACUCUCCCAAAAGGCGCUCGAGCCAAUGAUUGAUUAUUCCGCUGAAGCCUACCCAAUCAUCCAGCGGGAUUCUCACUUGGAAGCCGAAAUCGAACUGAUCCUUUACCUGAAUGCUCCCAGAAAGCCGGCCUCAUUGUUCUCAGAAUCCUCUUCUUCCAACAGUUCUAUCAUCUCCACUUCGUCUUCGAUCAUCAGAUCCAUCAGGAGCUUACAUCGACGGUCCACAAGAGCUCUCAAGGCACUCAACCUUACAUACCGGGAUCAUCUGAAUGGAGUUCGCAGCAGGCAUCUCCAAAAGAUCAAAGCCUCCUCUUCCAGCCUUCCAACACCCUAUCUUCGCGUCCCCGAGUUCAAAGGCUGA